UUCACAUUCUCACGUCAGAAAAAAAGAAAAAACGGGACUGUCAUAAAUAAAAAGAUAUGUAUCGCUCCAUGCAACAUACCGCGUGUGCUGUCAAUAUUUAAAAAUAAAUUGCGAUGUUUGCCUGCUAAAUUUCACCGAGAAAUGUAAGUCGCUCGAAAUAACUCGUUGGAAAUGAUCGUGGAAAUUGAAGAGGAUUCGCGAGAUUUUGCGACGGUCUAUAAGAAAGAUUAUCUGGGAAAGAAAGGUGAAAGGCCAAUUGGAUGCAGACCGUUACCCAAGUAUCGAUCACCUUUAAACAUCUUGAACGGACCGUACAAGCAGUAUCUGAAUACACGACUGGGAAAUCGAUCAUUACCUGAAAACGAACGAAGCGAGGAUCCAUCUGAUACUUUAAAUAGAAUACGCGACAAGUUUCCCCAUCUAAGAAACGCUCUGCCAGAAAUCGUGCCGGAUGAAAACGUGAUCGAACGCGAGAAGAAAAAAUCAAUAAAGACUGUUCAUCAAUUGGAUUACUGGAAAGAUGAUAUUGAUCGCGCUCGUAUAGAUGCGACGUUACCGCAAGAUUGGAUUAUACCAGAGACAAUUCAAAGACGUGCAUACCGAGAUCCGUGGGUAAUCGCAUCGCGAGACUUGAUAAAGCCGCCAAAAAUUAUGAAACCGUGCAACAACUUGGAUCCUAAUCCCAAAGAAAGAGAAAUUCUUCGUGUAAUAACUGGCAAUUCCGAGUACAUUAAUACGAUCGGAAUAACAGGGGAAAGGAUUAUGCUAGAAAGUCUCUCAAAUAUGAAAGAAUGCAUUACAUUGCGAAAGUCAUUAAGGGAUCCUGAAAUAACUGAAUCGGAAUGUUCGCUGAUAUUGAAACAAAAUUUAGCCCUCCCGACGAAAAUAUUCUGAGCUUUAUAAUUUUAAAAAUUAUAGUUUUAUAAUUGAGACAUAAGAUAUAUAUGUAUGUGUAUAUAUGCAAGGUCGAUGUCAUAACUACAAUAAAUCAUAGCGUAUGCCAGUUAUUAGAAAACAGAAUUCAUAUUCUUAUGCUUGUAUAUAAUAAUUUCACUUGCAACUCCUCUCUCAAGUUUUCAGUAAACCACUAAUUACUUGCUAGAUUACUUUCAAUUACAAUUGUACAAACUUUUCACAUUUGUAUCAAUACACAUGUCGCAGUAUACAGAUAUAGUUACAUAGUUUAUACUUUUAUGCAAUUAUUUACAUAUUCGAUAUAGAUCCGCUUCGCGAAAUAAUUGCCGACAAAUGUAAAUAUUUUAUAUUUCAUAUACCUAAUAGAUUUAUCCAUUGAAUAUUUUUUUAUAUUUGAUACUUCGCAAACAUAUCGAAAUUAUUAGGAAACGUAUUAAUUUUUGUCAAUAUUUUGAAUGAAGAGUCAAUUAGUGAUCGUUUGAUCUUUUCAAGAUUAUAAUAAUUGAUAAACACAGUAAAGCAGCGUGAAAAAUUAACGAAAAACAAUAAUAAAAUAAAUAGUUUUGAAACUUAUAUUCUGCAUAGUAGAGUUAAAGUGUAAUUAAAAUUUCGAAAAGAAUAAAAUUGUGCAAAGAAGAAACAAUUUCCAACUAUACAAUCUCGUAAAUUAUGCAUUUAGAAAUCGUUUAUCUAUCAAAUAUCAAGGAGUUAAUAUCUCUGAAUUAGGGAGAUUAUGUACAAGUAUGCAAAUGUCUUGCAUUUUAAUCUAAUAAUUUAUUACAAAAAAAAAAAAACAAAUUUUUAAUUAAAUAUUGUUUAUUUUCAAUAAAAACUUAUAAGUGAACUCACAUUAUACUUAUAUUCCUUGUAUCUUUAAUAAUAAGAAAAAAUCCUAACUUAGUAAUUUAAUCUCUCUAAUGAAAAAUUUUACCCAGCACACGAUAUAUACAACUUAUGAUUCAGUCUCUAACUUUACAAUAUUGCUAACUAUAUCUAAAUCUCAUUAAACUUGACAAAAUAUAUUUUAUUGUUAAAAGAAGAAUCUCUUUGUUCACA